AUGACCAAUAAGAAAGCAAAGAAGGAGAGGAGACAAAAUCAAACCAAAAAGAAACAAGUGAGUGCUGCACAGAGAAAUUUGGAGCCACCACCAUUGAUAUCGUACUCAUCGGAGCUACAAUCUUUGAAGUCGGACUCGUCGGAGCCACAACGAUUGAAGUCGGACUCGUCGGAGCUACCACGGUUGAGCUCAGACUCAUCGGAAAACCAAACGCUGGGAGAAAAAUGA